AGAAAAUGAAUUUAUCUUUCAAAUUGUCUAAAUAUAAUUUAAUUUUCAUGAAGAUCGGUAUUGAAGCAACACACGAAACGAACUAACUAGUCUUAGAUUCGUGAUGUAUCCAAAAUCCAUACUAACUAUAAAAGCUUAACCAGUUCUAAAGAUUUAAUCAGUAUGUAUCUUUAAUAAGUUAGAAAUGAAGUUCAUAAUUUUUAUCUCAUUCGCUGUCGCAAUUUUUAAUACAGUUAAUGCCUGGUCUUCGGAAAACUCAUCAAAAUACAUUGACGAGUGUCGGGUUGAAUUGAAAAUAAGUGAUGACGUAAAUCAAUACAAUUUAACUACUGGUGAAAUUCCAGAAGCUGAUAUUCAUCCAGAUAUGAAAUGUUUCUUAAAUUGUUUUAUGGAAAAACUUGGAAUUCUUAGAGAUGGCAUAAUUCAAGAAGAUUCUGAUGGAUUUAAUCAUUAUGUUGGUGCCGAAACUGCUAAAGAAAUGAUCGAAUCUUGUCGUGAUGAAAGUGGAACGAGUAACUGUGAUACUGCAUUCAAAUUACAUAGAUGUUUUCUCAAGCAUCUUAGUUAUGAGUUUUAUCGAUUUCUUUUGAUGCAAAAUGGAGGCGAUGAUGAAUUAAUUCAAAAGCUGUUGAUGGCUGUUGUGUGAAAAAAUAAAUUAACCUGAAAAAAAAAAUACAUUAUGUCUGUGGUA